UUGACCUAAAAAAAACAAGUACAAUUAUGAACUAAUUUAUUUGGAUUUGAUCAUUAACAUUAAUAACUCGAGCUUUUUCAAUCCAAGAUCGUAAAGAAUCUGAGCUCGUAUUAACCCAAAUUAUAAUAUUAUAAUGAUAGAAAAAUACCAUGAAAUUUGUUCGGCACACCAUGAAAUUGAAAAGUGAAAUUGCUGAAUAAUGAGAUCAUGGAACACCAGAUUCGGAAAAUGAGAAACUUUUCCGACAGGAAAUUACUAAUAAAACCAUAAGAAAAAACAAUAGAAAAAGGUUAAAUUGAUCGGUUCGCUUGAAAACUCCAGCUCCUUUUUGUAACUAAGACACUGUUCUUUGUUAGCUCCACUAAAAAAUCCACCCAUCAUGUCUCCCUUCAAAACCACCUUUAUUUUUCUAAUCAUCAUCGUUUUGAUAGGCGUAGUCGCCGGAAAGACCCACGUCAUCAAUUUCCGAUGGCAAAACCUCUACCCAGAAGGCAUGGCCUGGGACCCAUCUGCCCAGCACUUCAUCGUGGGCUCUCUAAACCAGCGUACAAUCCACUCCGUUUCUGAUGCAGGCGUUGUCGAAACUCUAAUUUCCGACCCAACCCUUCCAGAAAACGUCACCGUUGUAGGCCUCGCAGUUGAUUCCACCAAAAAACGCCUCCUCGCUUGCCUCCACUCCAUUUCGCCUCUCCCUCCUUUCGACGCCCUCGUCGCCUACGAUCUCCGCACCCGCCGCCGCCUCUUCCUCUCCCUCCUCCCCUCCGACCCCGAUUCCUCCAUCUCCUCCACCAGUCGCAGGCGGGACGUCGCGAACGACGUUGCUGUCGACUUCAAAGGCAACGCCUAUGUCACUAAUUCGGUCGGGAACUUCAUCUGGAAAGUCAACGAAAAUGGAGAGGCAUCGAUCUUUUCUAGAUCUCCGUUAUUUAGCCGUUACCCUUCUGUUAUGGAUCAAAACCACCCGUUUAACGAUUGCGGGCUCAACGGAAUCGCUUACGUCAGCAAGGGUUAUUUAUUGGUGGUACAAUCCAAUACGGGCAAGAUGUUUAAGGUCGAUGCGGACGAUGGGAGAGCCAGGUUAGUUUUGCUGAACAAGGAUUUGGUCAUGCCAGAUGGAAUUGCGAUACGGAGAGACGGCGUCGUUCUGGUUGUUUCCACGCAAAAGCUGUGGUUUUUGAAGAGCGAUGAUAGUUGGGGGGAAGGUGUGGUGUAUGACGAAACUGCCCUUGAUGUGGAAGGCUUUGCUACCUCGGUUGUAGUGGGGGAGGAAGGUAGGGUGUAUGUGUUAUAUGGGCAUGUCCUGGAGGGUAUAAUGGGGAAAGGGGAAGGAAGGGAGAGGUUUGAGAUCGUGGAGGUGAGGUCUGAGAAAGAGAGUAGUGGGGAACAUGUUUGGGUUUUUGUUUUGGUUGGGUUUGGUUUGGCUUAUUUCUCAUUUUGGAGGUUUCAAAUGAGGCAGCUUGUUAAAAACAUGGACAAAAAAACCAAUUAACUGCUUGCCUCUCUCUUGUAAUUUUGUUAUUCGUAUAUGUACGAGAGUUUCAAGGCUUAUAUUUCAAUGAGAUUAAAA